GUAGAUGAUCCUAUAGCCGAUAUUGUAUGUCAGCGACCACUUCGUAGAGAUGUCCAAAGCGACGAGGUGUUUGCUGCGGCGAAAGGCCUCAUCAACGAAUGCAUGCACCCAACAAAUCCCCACAAACACUGCCAAUUUUCUCGUGACACCGUCCUUCCCCUUCGAAUUCUCGACCUCGGGAAACCAGAAGAUUCUUGUUCAAGGGUCAAAUUGAAAGUCAACGAGACAGACACACACGCUCCAUACCUGGCCCUUAGCUAUUGUUGGGGAAAGCCGCUCGGCUCCAGGAAGCCGCUGCAACUACGGAAGAGCAAUCUCCAAAGACUUGUCAAAGGCAUCAAAAUACGCAAACUUCAACAAUCUAUACAGGAUGCCAUCUGUGCCACUCGCAAACUUGGUUAUCGAUACCUGUGGGUUGAUGCUCUUUGCAUCAUUCAAGACUGCGAUGCCGACAAAGGAACAGAGAUAGGCCGCAUGGCAUCCAUCUACAAGAAUGCUUCCAUCACAAUUGCGGCAUCUACAUCAGAAAAUGCGGCACAUGGGUUUCUUUCGGGGGAGAUGAAGCCUUACUGCCCGGACUAUGCUGUUUCCAUCCCCAUGGCUAACGGUACGACUGGCACUGUAUUUGUUUCAUCAGGACUGUAUGAACUCGAUCAUCCCCUUGACAAGAGAGGAUGGACACUACAAGAGUUCAUGCUGUCAUCGAGGAUGUUGAUAUUCUCUGAUUACGAGCUUCUAUGGCAGUGCAAAGAAGUCGAUCUUCGCAGCGUUUCUGCAGCAGGGCUCGAAUAUCUACAGCCCCUGGAAACUCUUCCGUGGACGGUCUUCGAAAACGAAGACGCAGAACCUUUUUACGGUGAUCUUGACUCCGACAAGCUCUAUCUCUGGAAGACCAUCGUACAACAAUACACGGAUCGCCAACUCAGCUACACCAGCGACAAGCUUAAUGCUAUCAUGGGAAUAACCUCUGAGCUACAAAUACUGUGGCGCGACGUAAAUAUUUACGGUCACUGGAAAAGAUGGUUCAUCCAGCUCCUUGUCUGGUAUAAGCCAGACCUCAAGAGAGAAGAACAGCGACACCUUGAGAGGGCUCCUAGCUGGUCGUGGGCAUCUAUGGAUGGCGCGAUCCGGUAUGAAGGAAUGCUUGCUACUGAAGAUGCCAGAUUGAAGUCAUUGACUGUGCAAGCUGCAGAGCUAUCCUGUCGCAUGCUU